AUGUCCGGUUGGCAUUUUGCUGACAACCUAACGAAACCUGACAAGAUCCAGCGUGCUGCAACUACUAGCAGAUAUGGUAUAUAUGCCUUCAUAUUCAUAUUCUCUUGUCUGGCCAUCUUUUCUAUUGCCAGCCUAGUGUUCCCUAGGGUUCACUCCAUAAAGUCUAUUCUUGCCUUUCGGCGGCUCCGUGAUCUCGACAAUACUAAUAAUAAAAACACUCAAGCAUUUUACAAAGACGACAUCAGUCAUUUGCCCAAUAAUGAUUUAUCGAAAAUUCAUAAAACAAAUAAUCGUUUCAGCAAUUCAGAGCUAGAAACGGCCCAACAUUACCAUGACCAUGACCAUGAUGUCAAUGACCUUCACUAUUCGAUCCACCCUAGCCACCACAAUAUCCGCAACUCCGAGCUCUCGGGUAGUGCGCCUUCAAUCCCUGCCCCGACACGAAAUCUUAUAGACAUUAUUGAAGCACCAAGCUCGUCGAAUGCGACUCCAAAUACACCAAGCUCUAUGGUCAAGGCGACCUCUAAUACCUCUACAGUCAAACUAUAUUCAAACGAAUGCAACUCAUCUUCCUCCUCAGUCUCGUCAUCUACUAUCCAGCAAGAUGACGACGAUGGAAAUAUCCAUAAUGAAUGUUCGGACGAGUUUAACUAUCAUUCAAGAGUUCAAGUAGAUCAAGAUAUGCGACAGAUGGUUCCUUCCCAUGCUCCUACUCCUCCACGAAGUUUAUCAUUUAAACUUCCACCUCCAAAACCUUUCAUUUCAGAUACAAUCGACAAGUAUAUUUAUUUGUACAGCAAAACAUUACCAUCUCGUGCAGUCAAACUUCCUCUUGUUCCUGUCAUUUUGUUUUGGUCAGUAAUCUUUAUCAUUCUAACUCUUAGAGAAACUCAGCAAGAAUUCACCUACCUGGCAAAGCGUCUAGGUCGGGUCCCUGUUGCAUUGCUUCCAGCCACUUACUUUCUCACUCUGAGACCAUCACCGCUCCCACAAACCUUUUAUCUACAGCUUGUACCUUUCCACAAAUGGCUUGCACGAAUUGUUUUCUUAAUGUUAGUGGCACACGGAAUUGUUUAUCUUUACAUUUACUCCAACAUGGGUAAACUUUCAAAACUGCUUGUUCUUUCAAACAUCUCAGGAAUUGUUGCAUUUUUCAUUUUUGUUGUUAUUGUACUUACUUCACUGAAACCACUGCGCAGAAGAUACUAUAAUACUGUUUUUUUCCCCAUUCAUUAUAUCUCAACUUGGAUUGUUCUACCACUAAUUUACUACCACUCACCAGGAACCACCGCUAUUUACGUUUAUAUUUGUCUUGGAAUUCUUGUUUUUCAAACUGGAUACCGCAUUUAUAUUUCACGACAAAAUGCUCAACUUCCAGUGCAGUACAUUUCAUCUUCAAUGCUCUUUGUUGCGCUGCCUCGUAACAAACUUCCAAAAUCUCUCCAACACUACUUCACUCCAGGCUCUCAUCUUCGCAUAUCAUCUUCUCCUUGCAUCAAAUAUCGCAUUUCUUCUAUGUUUUCCUCUCAAAAAUCCUCUUCAAACCCACUCUUACCUACUGCACACACGGGCCCCAAAGGACCUAGACCAAAUAGCGACCUCGUAUCAAGUCUGGUCCAAUCAACACAUCCAUACACCAUUGCAUCUCUUCCACAAGACCCUGUUCUUAUGCUAUGUAUUCGUAAAACACGUUUCCCCAUCCGACUCCGCAGAGCAUAUACUGUCACUGGCCCCUUUUCUUCUAUUUCAUCCCCCUUCUUGUCUGACGUUAGUAACGGACGCGUGAAGCGUGCUCUUUUUGUUGCAGGUGGUACUGGCAUUGCCUUUUGUGCGCCGCUGAUGCGCCACUUGAGGUCCAUGAAUAUCCCCGUAAAGCUUUUAUGGGCGAUUCGCGACCAAAACGAUGCAAAGGUUCUUGUCCAUCUAGGGCUCGUGCAAGCUGCUUUAGAGGACCGCCAAGUCGAAAUUUACGUCACACGCGGGUAUCGCGCGCGCCAUCAGAAUCAAGUCAAGAAAACGCACGGCUUUAUCACCUACCCCGAUAGCGCAACAACAACAACAAUGGCAGUAGCACCAGCUGCACCUCCACUAGGAACAGCCGCAACCGCCACUUCUGCAGCCGAUACCGCGCAGCCCAAUACCUCCGUACUUGCAACAGAAUCUUCUUCACUGCUUGUCACACCCUCCCUACCAGCUUCCAAUAACAAAACUAGCAAAGGCAAACUUCGUGGCUACGGCAGUAUCGAGACUGGAAGUAUCAACUCGAAUAGCGAUGACGCUGACGCUGAUGAUGAAGAGCACGAACAGGAGCUCCGCGCGGCAAGUGGUUUCCAGGGCAUGUUUACACCCCAAACAGACGAUGAGCGACUUAUGGUCACAAUCGACAAUACGUGGUGUGAUGGUGGCGAGCGUCCUUAUCUUUUGAAACGAGACUCGGGUCCCAAUGAGCCUGGCUAUGUCGAUGAAAUGGGCUACAUUUCUUCCUCUCCUGGUACACAGAGCGAUGGCACAACUGGUGCUGCCGGAAACUCUUCCGGUCAAGGUGCUUCCUUUUCAUCCCCUCAUACUAAAGUCCCGCAACUUCCAAUCUCUGCCACUAAAAAGAAUGCUAGCAUUCUUUCGACCUUCAAGAAAACGUUGUUGGGCGAAACUUCCUCUAAAUCAAACCACACACUUCAUAGUUCUUCGUUCAAAGUUGGUUUGGCCCGCCACAACCCUGAUUUAGACUUUGACUUUACUCCCCUCAUGAUCAACUCACGACCAGUCUUAAAUCUUAGACUGAAAUCCUGGCUGCAUGGCAUUGCAGUCGACGACAAUACAUGCUGCUGUGUUGACCAGCUGCUCCAGGUCGACAAAGCUACUAUGAUGGGCACUUCCGCCGGCCGAUGGAUUCUUGCGUCUGGCGGUGAAACUCUUGUAGGUGAAACAGAGCGAUGGGCUUCUGAAAAUGGCUUUUCAUUUUUUAAGGAUGAAUUUAGCUUGUAA